AAGACGCCUGCUGUGGUGAUCCUCCAGCGGCACCUCAGUGUCAGGUAGUGAAGGCCAAAGGCAAUGCAGUCUGCUAACUGUCAUCUGGGAAACCACCAUAUACAAUGAAGAAGAUAUUCAACUUCACCAAGAAAAAGAAAGGAUUCUCACCUAACACCUCGGACACUGGGAGUGUGCUGUCUGUGGGCUAUGAUUUGAAGGAGAAGGACCUUGGAAAGGUACACAAGGCUGCUUAUGGGGGUGACUUGGCCAAACUGAAGCAGCUUGCCAAGAAGAAUGACAUCAAUCAGCUUGAUAAGGAGAACAGAACAGCACUUCACAUUGCCUGUGCCAAUGGACAUACAGACGUGGUCCAGUUCCUGGUUGAGAGCAAAGCCAAGCUCAACCUAUGCGACAAUCAAAACAGAUCCCCGUUGAUGAAGGCAGUGCAGUGCCAGCAGGAACGCUGCGUGGUCACUCUGCUGGAGCAUGAUGCCGAACCUAAUCUGGUGGACAUCAACGGUAACACGGCCCUGCACCUGGCCUCCUGCAUCCCUGCCUGCUCCACCGCUAUGCUGCUGCUGGAGCACGAGGCCAAUGUCAACGCCCAGAACAAGGAGGGAUACUCCCCACUGACUAUGGCAGUGAAGGAGAAUCAUGCCGAGAUGGCCGAGUUCCUCCUCAAGGAGGGGGCCGACGUCAACACUAAGGACCAGGGACACAGGUCCCCAUUGAUGAUCGCUGCUUGCAAUGGACAAAUCAGUAUGGUGCGGCUACUCCUGCAGUACGACGCAGACAUCACCUUAAAGGACAAUAAUGGAUGGUCGUCCGAUGACUAUGCUGUGAUGAACGGACACCACGCUUGUUCCCAUCUCAUUAUUGAGCACGGCACCAAGAGGAAGUCCAUGCCGUCUCCCGCCCACCCCCCGGCCAAAAAGAAGCGAGCUUCCAUGUUGUGCAGCCCUUCCGAAGAAGCAGGCUUCUCUCUGGGGGGACCAGCAACUGACAAAGAUGGUACAUAA